UGACUUUAUCAAUUGAUUUUAAAGUAGCUCAUCAAAGAUUUGUAUCAACCGUUGUUAAUACACUUGCAAUUGUGUUACUUUGUGAAUUUCAAUAAUUUCAGUAGUCAGUUGGAAGUGAUCAAUCAGAAAGUGUGGUUUGGUUUUUGAAAAUCGAACAAAAUUUUAAAUUAAUUAAUUGCGUCUAAAACACUCCAACGCGAAUAAAUUAUGAUGGCGGACUCAAAUAAACCAAACUCAAAAGAAAAAAACAAUUCAUUACCAACACCAAAUGAUUUCAAUUCACACACAAAUCUAGUGGCAGGUGCAGCCAACGAAGUUGAAUAUAAUACUGCGGACUAUCGUGAUCAAAUCAAAGGUCAAACGUAUGGUGAUGCUUUAGCACAUUUCCUGAAGAGCUCAUUGGGUAGUGGCAUUUUAGCCAUGCCAAUGGCUUUCUCCAACGGUGGUUUAUUAUUCGGCGGCAUUGCUACACUGGUGACUGGUUUCAUAUGUGCGCAUUGUGUACACAUUUUGGUAAAAACAUCACAAGAUUUAUGCAAAGAAGUCAGAGUGCCGUCAUUGAGUUUUGCUGAAACCGCUGAGAAAGCAUUUGAAUUUGGUCCUAAACGUCUGCGCUCAUGGUCAAACUUUGCAAGGCUCUUCGUUGAUUAUGGUUUGAUGGCCACAUAUUAUGCCGCCGCUUGUGUUUACAUGGUUUUCAUCGCUACUUCAUUUUACGAGGUUAUCUCUUAUGAUACCACCUUCGAAAUGGGUAAAAGAUAUUACAUUGCUCUAACAAUUAUACCAUGUCUUUUAAUUGGUCAGAUCAGAAAUUUGAAAUGGUUGGUGCCCUUCUCGGCCAUAGCUAACGUUUUCAUUGUGAUCACUUUUGGCAUUGUGUUGUAUUAUUUAUUUAACGAACCAUUGGUUUUCUCUGAUAAACCUUUGGUCGCAAAUAUUUCAAAGAUACCACUCUUCUUUUCGACUGUCAUCUUCGCUAUGGAGGGUAUUGGUUCAGUUAUGCCCGUUGAGAAUUCUAUGAAGAAACCACAACAAUUCCUUGGCUGUCCUGGCGUGCUCAAUGUAUCUAUGGUUAUUGUUGUGGUUUUGUAUGCCACACUCGGCUUCUUUGGCUAUGUGCGUUAUGGUAAUGGGGUGAAAGGCAGCAUUACGUUAAAUUUGGAGAAAGGCGAUGCCUGGGCUGAUACUGCAAAGAUAUUGAUGGCUGUUGCCAUACUUUUCACAUAUGGACUGCAAUUUUAUGUGCCCAACGAAAUCCUUUGGAAAAAGAUUAGUCAUAAAUUCAAUGAAAAAAAUCACAAUAUUGUACAGAUACUCUUACGUGCCGGCAUUAUUGUGGUUAGUGGUUGUAUUGGUAUAGCUUUGCCCAAUCUAGAGCUGUUUAUCAAUCUUGUGGGUGCUAUAUUCUUCUCCUUACUGGGAAUUUUGGUGCCCAGCGUUUGCGAGACCGUGUACUUGUGGCCUGAUCGAUUUGGCAGCUUCAAAUGGAUACUUUGGAAAAACAUUUUUCUGUGUGCGUUCGCGAUAUUUGCGCUAGUUUCAGGUUCUACUGUUAGUAUAAUAAAAAUUGCAGAAGAGUUGUAAAAACACUAUAGUUAUGGACGAUUCGAUAUUAAUACUAGUUCUGUGGAACAGACUGCUUCCAAAAAUAGUUUUAGAUAGAAAAUUUAGACAUAUGUAUGUAAGGCUGUAAUUGCUGAAGUUUCAACUAGUACUAUUUUUAUUUAGAAUUUUGCUUAAGUUUUUAAACUAUUUUGGUGUUUGUUUUUUACAAUAGACGUAUUAAAAUACAAUUGCGAUUGGCUUUUCAUUGUACUAAAAACUAAAUUUAAUAUUUUAAAAUUAUUACAAUUGAUUUAAUUAUAAUUAAACACAUAUUUAAGCGCAAUUAAUUGUUGUAUAUAUUAAAAUUUCAAAAGUUACAAAAAAACCGUUUAAGAAAAUCGCAGUGUUCAUGUUGUUGUAAUAAUUAAGUAUUUUAAAAUAAAGACA